AUGGCACCUGACGUCCAGACCGAUAGCUCCGAUGCACGCCAAAUUCUACCCAAGAAGAAGCCAAAGUGGUCCUCAGAAGAAGAUGUCCGCAUCAUCGAGCUUCGGGGGCGCGGAAUGACGUGGGAAGAUAUCAGCGAGAAACUUCCCGGGCGAAGUGCAAUGAGCUGUCGCCUGCACUACCAGAAUUACCUCGAGAGGCGGGGUGAGUGGAGCGAGGAUCUCAAGACCAAGCUAGCAUUGUUAUAUGAAAGAUUCAAGUCGGAAAUGUGGGCGAAAAUUGCAGAGGAGAUGGCCAUGCCCUGGAGGGCCGCUGAGGCUAUGCAUUGGCAGCUCGGAGAACAAGAAAUAGCGAGACGAGCUGGAACAGUUCCGUUCUCAUUCUCGCAGCCCACAUCAGAACCUCUGGAAGCAUCACGCACAGUUUCCGUUCGGCUCCCUUCUAUUGCAGAGUUCGAAGCCGGAGUCCUAGCAUAUAGAAGUGAUCCACCAAAUUCCACAGAAUUGAACUGCAGCCACGCAGUUCCGGGUAUGUUGAUGGGCUGUAUUUAUUCUUCGCGGCCCCCCACUGUGGGAGACCGGACUCUCAAACACCUAUUGGCAGAUGCCACAGAAACCACUGUAGCGAGAGUAGAAAAAGAGGCUAACAUAGGACCCUGGGGGAGGACGGGCAGCUUUAUGGAAGAUCCAGGUGGACUCGGGGAAGAGAACCACGAGAACCGUGGGAAAGCGGCAACGACGUUAUUGAAGCAUGGGAGAUGA